GACCUCGCGAGGGGCGCCCCGAAGCAGCGCGGCGGGGCUCGUGCGGCGCGCGCCUCCUCGCCCAGCAGCAGCAGCAGCAGCAGCUUUCCCCGCGGCCGAGACGCCACUGGAACCAGAGCGCGCCGCCUCCGCGCCGCCCCGAGCAGCAGCAGCAGCUACCACCGCCGCCGCUUCCCUUCUUCUUCCUCCUGCUGCUCCUCCUCCUGGUCGUCGUGCUGCUGAGGCGCAGGCUCUUGCCUUGCGAAAGCGGCUCGGAGCUCUCGCCGCCGCUCCUUUCCCCUUCUGCCUGGGCCGGGGCGCGGGGGAAGGCGGGCACCUUUGCCCUUUUCACCCGGCCGCCUCAGCGCCCCUCGAGUGCCUUCCCGCGAAGAGAGGAAAGGGCGCCUCCGUUUCCGUCGAGGGGCGGCUUUCCCCCUGCCUGCCUCCCUCUCCCCUCCUUUCUUUCUUUCUCUUUCUUUCUUUCUUUCUCUCGGAGGGUGGGAGGGGAGCCGGAGAGCGUAGCAGCAGCAGCAGCCGCCGCCGCCGCGGGCUCGGCGAGGGAAGGCGGCCGGCCAAGGCGCGCAGCCCGCCGCCCGAAGAGCCAUGCGAGAAUACAAAGUGGUCGUGCUGGGCUCGGGCGGGGUGGGCAAGUCGGCGCUCACCGUGCAGUUCGUGACGGGCUCGUUCAUCGAGAAGUACGACCCCACCAUCGAGGACUUCUACCGCAAGGAGAUCGAGGUGGACUCUUCUCCCUCGGUGCUCGAGAUCCUGGACACGGCCGGCACCGAGCAGUUCGCCUCCAUGCGGGACUUGUACAUCAAGAACGGGCAAGGCUUCAUCUUGGUCUACAGCCUCGUCAACCAGCAGAGCUUCCAGGACAUCAAGCCCAUGAGGGACCAGAUCAUCCGGGUCAAGAGGUACGAGAAGGUGCCCAUGAUCCUGGUGGGCAACAAAGUGGACCUGGAGGGCGAGAGGGAGGUCUCGUUCGGGGAAGGCAAAGCCCUGGCGGAAGACUGGAGCUGCCCCUUCAUGGAAACUUCAGCCAAAAACAAAGCCUCGGUGGACGAACUCUUUGCCGAGAUUGUCCGGCAGAUGAACUACGCUUCCCAACCCAACGGGGACGAUCAAUGCUGCUCUUCCUGCGUGAUUCUCUGAAAGGAGGAGAGGACAUCACGACUGUAUUGCUUUCUAUUGGUUAUUUUUUAUUUUUUCUCUUUUUUUCUUCUUGAAUUAAAGGUUUACAACACCAUCACACACACAGACGGCGGCUGUGGCAGCAAUGUUGUCCUCCUGUGAAAUUCCAGCUUUUGAAACAAUUUUGCAUUGCACCUGGAUUCCUUCCAGGUUAAGGCUUUUUUUUUUUUUUGCUAUUGCUGCUGCUGGUGGUUAUCAGUGUCAUGGGUAUGCAUUGUCUCUCCUUAACAUCUGGUGCAAAAAAAUACCCCACCCACUCCCCCCUUACACACACACACAAAUCCGGUUGGAAGUGUGGCGCUUCCAACAUAUAUAUGCCAUCCAUUUGAUUGUUGCUUAUUUCUUGUAAGUACCUCUUUGCAGAGAGGGCUGUAUUGGCAACCGAGAACCAGUGGGGGAGUAUUUUUGUGUGUCUCUGCUCUUUUGCAGAGAGAAGUGGGGGAAUUAGCCAUUGCUUUUAACAAGAGAUGAUGGGGAGCAGCAGCGAAGGAAUGAUGGUUGUGUUCGGGGAGGGGAGGGGAGAAGAGAAAGACCCUCCACUUGCCAGCCCAAACUCCAGCAGUGACUAGGAAACUUUUCGUUCUUGCGGAUUUCUAUGCAAAGUUGGAAUAUUUGUUAACAAGCCAGUCCCAUCUGAAGAAGUAUUGCACGUGUACUGCCUAGGACUUUAAAUAACACUGAUGCCAAUACGGUGUGCGAGGUGCCAGAGAAGUGUCUGCUGAUUUAAUUGUGAAAUCUUCUAUUUUUGUUUACCUGCUGUAUCGAAAGGGAGGGAAUGGAGAGCAUUCAUUUAUUUGUCUUUUUGGUUGUUUUUUAAAAAGGAAAUCUGCUGUGAAAACAUUACAGAUCUGCACAAUU